UGUUAAACGCUGCUUCUCAUAUUGUGCUGUCUUCCCAAAAGAUCAAAUCAUUAGGAAAGAUAGAUUGAUCAAGUUGUGGAUGGCAAAUAGCUAUCUCAAUUCUAGAGAAAGUAUAGAGAUGGAGAAAACAGGGGGAGACUACUUUGAAGACUUGGUGUCACGGUCACUUUUCCAAGAUUUUCGUAGAGAUGAUGAGGGCAACAUAAUAUCGUGCAAGAUGCAUGAUAUAGUACAUGAUCUUGCCCAAUAUUUGACCAAGAAUGAAUGCUUCAUUCUGGAGAUUGAUGAUGAAAAGGAAGUGAGGAUGGCUUCCUCCUUCCAAAAGGCUCGUCAUGCAACCUUAAUUAGCGCACGAAGGGUUGGAUUUCCUAGCACUAUCCAUAAUUUGAAAUAUCUGCACACAUUGUUUGCUGCACAUCUGAUCAUUCCCUUCACUCCUCAACCCCCACUUAAUUUAUUCAAACAUUUGGUAUGCCUUAGGGCAUUAGACUUGAGUGAGAAUGAUUUGGCGGUACUGCCGAGGAACUUGGGGAAAUUGAUACAUCUGAGGUACCUUAAUCUAUCAAAUAAUAAGUGGUUGACGGAAUUGCCCGAAACAAUUUGUGAUCUAUAUUAUUUGCAAACUUUAUAUGUUUUUGGAUGUCAUUACCUUCAAAAACUACCUCAGGGGAUGCGAAAACUAAUUAACCUGAGACAUCUUGAAUUGUACGGCAGUGGAGUAUCGGAGUUGCCAAAAGGAAUCGGGAGAUUGACCUCACUUCGGACAUUAACUAGGUUUCCUAUAAUUGGAGAUCAUUUUAGACGUGAUGUAUGCAAAAUAGGAGAACUGAAAAACUUAAACAGCCUCAGGGGAGGUCUUGUGAUAAGUGGGAUAGCUAAUGUGAAAGAUGCAGAGGAGGCUGGCGAAGCAGAAUUGAAGAAUAAGAAACACCUCCAUCAUUUGGUACUAACGGGUUUUGGGCGGCUUGCCUCAGCUGCUUCAAAAGGUGUGGCUGAAGCUCUACAGCCUCAUCAAAACUUGAAGUCUUUAAAAAUAAGUUAUUACAGUGCUGCCACCGAGUUCCCCAGUUGGAUAGCGGCCUCAUCGUUGCCCCAAUUGAAAAAGCUUGAAAUUGUGGGUUGCUCACUGGUUACUUGUUUGCCUCCAUUGGGGGAACUACCUCUCCUUGAAAGCCUGAGAAUAGAGGAUAUGGACAGACUGAAAUACGUGGGUGGUGAGUUUUUGGGAUCUUUACCAACUGCAUUCCCAGUGCUGAAGCGCCUCAUUUUUAAACAUAUGGUUGAGUGGGAAAAGUGGGAAGUAAAAGGAGAAGAAGAAGAACGGAGGUCAGUAAUGCCAUAUCUCCACUCCUUGGCCACAUGUAACUGCCCCAAGCUGGAAAGCCUGCCCGAGCGCCUUCUCCAGAUAACUACACUACAGGAACUGAAUGUCCUCGGCUCUCCUACUCUGCAAGAUCGUUACCAUGAGGAGACAGGGGAGGAUUGGUCCAAAAUAUCUCACAUCCAGAGAGUGCUAGCUGGAAAUGAAGUCUACCAUAAGACCUAUAGGUUUUCUGAUGAAUCCAUGUGAAAUAACGAUGCAUGUGUACCAUGAUAUCCAAACUCUGGCAAGUGGUCCAAAGCUGAUUAAUUUAUAUACAGAUAUUUUUCCUUGUACUACUUCUCCAUAGUUUCUUUGUAAUGAACUCAUUGCCUGUUAUCAGGUUUUGAUCAUGAAACAAACUAUUAUGUAUAUAUAUGUUUGAAUAUUGGAUUGGGCACAAUUACAUUAA